AUGUUGAAACUAUUACCGGAAGUCGUGUUGGAAAAGUCUAUUCCAGUGCCUGGAAUCAAGUACUCGUCCCACAUCACGAUUCUCUCAUCAGAUCGGCUCUGGGUCAGCGAUGAUUUUUCAAAGCUUGUUUUGGCUGACCAAUCAGGUACCUUGCUUCACACAAUCUCUGACGUCAGCAACAAAGGCCACGGGAUCCACACCGUGACAUCAUCCGGAGACCUUCUUUAUCUAGACAUUGGAAACAACAUAUGCCGUCUGUCAAGCGAUGGCAAAAGUAAGACGGUACUGUUUAGUAUUAAAGAGCCGUUAACUCCAUGGUGUAUCUACAACUCUCCAUCCAAUGGCGAUCUGUUGGUAGGGAUGAAGACAGCGGGUACUCUGAAUUCGAAGGUCUCGCGAUUCAACAGUGCUGGAAAAGAACUCACUGUCUUUAAACAGCAAGACUCCAAAAACAAACCCCUAUUUGGUAUCCCUCAUUAUAUCACAGAAAAUAAGAACGGUGAUGUCAUCAUUUCUGACAUUAAGACGGCCAUAGUUGCAAUGACACGUGACGGAGAUUUUAGAUUUUCUUACAGAGGACCACCUUUCCGUUACAGACGUUUGCUUGCAAGGGCAGUCUGCACGGAUGCUCUUUCUAACAUCAUCGUUAAUUGUGCUACAACUGGGUCAGUACAAAUCAUCGACAAAGACGGGAAAUUCCUUGCACUGUUGUUAGAGCCGGCAGAAACCGGCUUGAAUUUGAUUCCAUACGGACUUGCGUAUGACACCGAAAACAACUUGUUGAUUAUUGGAUCACAAUCCGGAAAUAAUUUAUCCGUUUAUAAACAUUUACAGAAGUAG